GUGGGGAUUUCACUCUCACUGUUCGCUGUUUAAGGUAGCCUCGCCUCACUUACGCUUUUCAAAACGUCUCGACCGUAAGUCUAUUUGUCCUGGUGAACUUUACAGACAGAACUUGUGGAAGAAAGAAUCGAAAGUGUAUUUUAAAAUUGUGCUACAGCGUUUUCAAGAUGGAAGUUGAAUUCAAGAACCUGGGAAAUUCCUUAAAAAAUUUAAGCUGUGACUACACAUACGUGCCAUCUGCAAUAGAACAAAUAGAAAGUUUCAGUACAUUUGGUAUAGGUUUAUUAAGCUUUGGCGCCAUACUCUCCACCUUGACAUUGUAUUUCGCAUUGGACGCUUGCUACAAUAUUUUCCACCAAAAGGAAACAAGGUCUUACAAGACUAACAGUAUCGUGAUACUUUUGCUGUAUCCUGUAGCGAGUAUCUGCUCUCUUACAGCUCUUGGAAUACCAAGGACCCAAUUGUUAUCGGAAGCCGUGAUCCAAAUAUUUCUGGCGAUAGCUCUGUUCCGACUCUAUCUGCUGUUGGUCUACGUGGGUUUCAAAAAGGUCACGAACACGCCGCCAUUAAUGCUGCGAGCGAUGCCCUGUUGCUGUUGGCCCUGCCUCCCCUUUCCAACUCUUGAAAUGACCGAUAGCAAUUUGUUCUGGCUCCGAUUGUUAGUCCUGCAACUUCCUAUUAUCCAGACUCUAAUUUACAGCACAUUUCUGUUCAUGUCGUUCGAGGAGCCCCGUCUCUCUGAUCAAUACGCGAUUUUUUUCCAACCUCUUUCGUUGGCCAGCGUGCUCCUCGGAGUGUACGGGUUGAGCGUUACUACGAAGAGUCUGCAAGAAGUCGCUCCAGAGGCGAAACUUCCACGCAAGACCAUAGUGACCCAGAUAGUGCUGCUAUUUUCGAAGCUGCAGGCGUUCGUUGUGAAGGGUUUGGUGCAAACGGGCCUGUUUCCCUGCAAUCCACCAAUUACGCCGCAAAUUUACGCCAACGUUACCUACAAUGCCCUGAUGCUAAUCGAGAUGCUGUUGCUUUGCUACACGGCGAGGUACGUUUAUUACGUCGACCUGGAAAGGGAGGAAGAGACUGGCGCGACUGUUGAGGCGACAGAUCGGUCCAAAGACAAGAGCGCGGAACAAGCGAACUCGACGAAUGACAACGAGGCAGCCAACAACAGGCAGCCAUCAACCUUCACUACGUGAGAUUUCCACUCCUUGUCUCGAUUUUUCGACUUUUCUUCUUUUUUUUUCUUUUCCUUUUCUUUAUUUUUCCUUUAUUCACGAGUACGAGAUCUUAAUUUGUACGAUCGUUUCGUUGAAUCGUAAUCUCUGAUAUCGUGGAUGUAGUAUCUAUUUGCAUCGUAUCGUACGUUUUAAGACGAUACGAUUUGGAGAGAUCAAGCGUGAGUGAUUGAAUUUAGACGAUGAUUAAGUGUAAUAAUAAUGAUAUCCUUUGAGCGAAUUUAUUGUAAUACUUUUGUAAAAAAGAGUAUUGAUCUUGAUAAGAUAUCUGGAAUAAUUGCCAAACAAAGUUAAUGUUGUAGGAAAAGCUUUUUGCGAGAAUUUGCGAUAAUUUUUUAAUGAUUUUAAUCAUUGAAAUCAUUCGGAGAGGAGAAAUCUCAAUUUUUAUAUAUGUAGAGAAUACAAUUUCGAACAAAUAUUUCAAUUAUUUGAAACUAUUGCGAUUGCUAUUGAUAAUAAUAGAUAAAUCUAGUACGAUUUUUAUCAAAACGUUAAUUAUCAACGUUAAUAUUAGCCACUAUCGUAUUUUUUAAGGAAUUGUGAUAAAAAUUAAUAAUAAAAUCAUACUCAUAAAUUCUAUUUAUUCUUUGCACUUGUGUUCGAAUUGCGCAACGACCGCGAAAUUCCUUACUUUCAUAGAAAAUUACGAAACUCGCUUCAAAACCAACAAUCUUACAUAACGUUUUUACUUUUUUACAUUUUAAAUUACAACGUGUCUCUCGAGAUCUAUCUUCCGUCGUAUUCUCGAAUGAAAAACAAAACAAAAAAAAAAAAAGACGGAAAACGUCUUGAAUAUCGAAUUACUGAAAAAGAAGAGGGAAGGGAGAAAUUCUAAAAUUGAAGCACCGUGUCGAAUCAUCGCUGCGACUUCUCCAUCAGCGAAACUUUCUCGACGAUGCCUACCGCAGCCUCUGCACAAGCAUCGAAAUCUCCAGCACGGAAGAAGAACCGGGAGCUGUCGGUCCAACUAUGAGAACAGCCAUACCUCAUAGUAGUGAAUUCACCACCCGUCACUACGCAUUAUCGCAUCGCAUGAACGGCUGACAGAUCACAGUGGAUACUCGACGAAAUGACUUGCAGCCUACACACAUUUAUGAAACGUGGCUGAAGGGCACUCGACCGUUUUCGAGACAGAGAGAAAGAGAGAGAGAGAGAGAGAGAGGAGAGAGGGGAAAGAACCACUUCGACGUUCUAACGCAAUGCUCUCUCUUUAUCUUUUUCUCUCUCUCUCUCUCGAAGGAAAAAAAUCGUUUAGGGAGAGGUGUGUCGUUCCAUCGAAACGAAGAAUACUGGAAGAUAUUAUUCGUGAUGUAUAAUUAUCGUCGUGUGCGUAAUCAUCUUGAAAUAACGGGUUGGAGUUUGGGUUUUUCUUUUUUUGUCAGUCCGUGUUUCAGAGAUACAAAGUGUACGGGGUUUCUUGUAUUGGGCUAAUGAUAGACGGCUAACCGUUGCACUCCUGGGGACAAACUUCUGUUUUGUCGCAGAGGAGGAUCGAAUUCUUUGCCCGAAACUUCUUUGAUUGGGAUAGGUGUUUACAUACGUGCAGCUGGAUGAAAUUUCUUUUAAAGAAGCGGAACGACUACGGUAGCCGAGAGAGAGAGGAUUGUGCUAAGUCAAAAAAUCAACAUUAAGGCGCCCGGGUCCGCGUCUUGAAUAGAAUUCUUUUGUUCGGAAUAAGUAUUACAUCUAUUUCAUCAAGAAAAGACUCGAGAAGAACGAAGGCAAGUGAGUGCACAAUAGAAGCAAACGAAACAAAAGUUUGAAAUUCGAAGAAACCCCUCGAACAGUUUCUCCAACUCGUCUCGUUGGCGCGGAGGAGGAAGAAUGUCGGGAAGAAUUAUCGCCGGCGCGCAUCAGGAAGUGUCCCAUUACAUUCGUGGCGGCACGCCGAUUUUUCUCUUUCCAUGUUUCGGGACGAUCGAUCGUCACCACGGUGGCGCGACUUCUUUUCGGUACUUACAGGCCGAGCAUAGACCCUACAGCGAUAUUAAUAUUCCGAUAACGUAUCCGGAUAUAUAUUAACCGUCUUUGUCCCUUCCAGACUUCUUUCCUCCUUCUCCUCUGUCCCCGCGACACACAAGAUGAACGUUCUCGAGAUAAGAGGAGGAGUUCCACGAAGACUUUACCUUCCACUUUAUUAUUCCUCCCCGUGCUCAUAGUUUCUGGCCCGCGGCUCGCUUUUGCCCCCGACCUUGCAACUAUUAUUACAGGACGUGGCGAGUUUCACGAUGCAACGUACGUGAAACGAGCCACGCGUUUCCCUUCGAAUCUUCGUAACUUUCGACCACUUGGCAUUCGUGCUCGCCAACUUCGAAACAACCAGUUUCCGUCCAGAUGAGAUGGGAAAGGUGGAUGGAAUUUUCGUGGAAACACAUCUAAACGAUGCCAUUUUCAUUUCCAUAACUCUCGAACGUGUACUCGAUAUUUAAUUAAGAUCGCUCUUUCCUUCGUUUCGUAAAGCAAAAUCUUUUGAGAUUCAUUGAGAAAGAAGUAUAGUAAUGUAUUUGAACCGUAUCGUGGAGAUAAUCAUAUAUUUUGUAAUUCACUUUAAGAAUGUUUAUGCGAAAUAAAAUUUGUUAUGCGAAAUUAAAGAAAUCGAGAUUCUAAAGAAAGAGAUUUCUAUUCGUCAAGUUUCAUAAUACAUAUUAUACUUUAUAAAUAUCUUGUACCUCUUUUGCAUAUUAUUCUGUAGAAUUUUUUUUUACAUUUUUAUACAUUUUUCGUAAAUGCAUAAACAUUCACAGUGUAUUGGAUCGCAUCGGCAUUAAUUAUUACUACUAUUUCUCCGCUUCAUUGAUUUUCUACCGAUGGUUCCAACGAUGGCUCGAAAAAUAUACUCGAAACCUGUGUAACCGGCAAUCACUCGGAUGAUCACAAGCGAGACCAGGCGUAAUGACGGGGCGGAAUCAUUAAAAUCGAUCAGAUUGGAAACGUAAUCGCGAUUUCCAACCACGAAUCCCUUUCUUGCCAGGCUAUCGGUCGGCUAAACCAUAGAGCGUCAAGGAGAAGCGCACCGUAAACGGGUUCGUGAGGGGACGUUACACGCCGCUCCCAAAGUAUAUUGCGUGCCCCCUCAUUUUUUGACCGAUUUGAGGGCCUGCUGCCUACCUGCAACCUGGGCCCACCGACCCCACAAAACACUCUCCAUCCCUUUCUCGGCCUCCUCACCCUCCGCCGCAUUUAUCCGCCACCCAACUUUUUUCCUUUUCCUUUCAUCGCGCAACCUUUUUCCUUCGGGACCGUAAUCACGAUCGAGAACAGCGUAAUAGAUUUAACAGUUUCUUUUGAUCCCCUCGCGGUUGCGGGAUCGAAGGGAGGGAAAUCUCUUCGACUUGCUCUCUUCUUUCAUUCGAAUCGUUUAUGUGAUAUAUAUAUAUAUAUAAAAUAUAAGGCGAGUUUAAUUUAAAAUCUGAAGUAUCCUGGUAAUUAUAUGUUAAUCAUAAAUUUGAAACGGAUUCUCGAAUGAUAGUAGGGAAGUAUAAUAAUUAACAUUGUAUGGGAAGAAUGAAAUUUACUCGUUAUAUUUGAUUCGGGAAUAUUUGAUUUGAAUCGUGGCGAUAACGAUUAAAUACACGACUGGAUGGUAAAAAAAUGUUUUUCUACGGGGUUUAAAGAACAAUAAUAAGGCAAAUUAUACGUUUCGCAUCGUAAGAAAAACGAUCGAAUUACUCUUAAGUAGGGGACAUCAAAGGUAGAUUGGGACACGGAGUGCAGUGAUUCCGAAAUUGUUGAUUGGUAAUCUUCGGUGGAACUAAUUAAGGCGGCCGACUUGGAUCCACCGUCCAAAUUGUUUUCUAUGCCGGCUUCCCCUCUGUCUCGAAUAGAUAGCCUUGGGAGAUCUUUUUUAACCCGUGGAAUGGGUUAAUGAAAAAAAAAAAAAAAA